AUGGCCUCUCAAGAAAGCAGCACGGAUGUUGAGGCGCUCUACGUCGCUCUUCAGGAAAAGUUCCAGGAGACGAAAAGAAAGCCUCUCUACAUCGGCACCGUCCCACUGGAGCCCAACGUUUCCAAGCUCUUCUUCUCCAAGGAAGGCUUAACUGGUGCUGGCGUCGUCGAUUUCAGUCAACCCACAGAGGGCCAACUCGAGGCGUUAGCGGCCGCCUGUCAGCCAGCGACCUUCGGCCUCGGUCAGCAGGACAUACUGGAUGAAUCCUACCGAAAGGCAGGGAAGAUGGAUGCCGCCAACUUCGCGGCUCAGUUCACGGCGUUCACUUCUGGAAUCACAGACAGAGUCGGCGAGUUUCUCCUUGAGGCACCAUCAACUCCACAAUCCCUUCGAUUCGAGUUGUACAAGCUAAACAUAUACGGUCCUGGCUCAUUCUUCAAGGCCCAUGUCGACACUCCUCGCAGUGACAAAAUGAUCGCAUCCUUAGUUAUCGUCUUUCCUACUGUUCAUGUCGGAGGAUCGCUCCUCCUUCGUCACGAAGGACAAGAGUGGACAUUCGAUUCUCCUAAGCUCGUUUAUGAGGACGGCAAGCCGCGCGUCGCCUUUGCGGCCUUCUACAGCGACAUUGAGCACGAGGUCACCCCGGUCAACUCUGGAUAUCGUGUCACCCUUACCUACAACAUCUACUCCGAACCUGCAGUCUCUCCAUCAUCCAAUAUAUCUUUUGGCCUGGAUAGGGACGCUCCUCUCCGCGAGACCCUCUCCGCUCUCCUCCAGCACCCCGACUUUCUUCCGGACGGCGGCUACAUCGGCUUCGGUCUAUCGCACAAGUACCCAGUCAACCCCAACCUCCAACUCUCCAAAUUAUCCGGCAACCUCAAAGGAACCGACGCCGACAUCUACCGUGUCUGCCGCUCCCUCUCUCUCGACACCGCCCUGCAAGUCCUCUACUGCCGCUCCAAGCAGCAGAAACAGGUUUACACCCUCAUCGACCGCUUCGUCGAGUAUAGGGCCGGAUACGGGAACAUCGACACAGACAAUUCGUCCAUCACCGUCUCGCUCUCCCGCAUGUCAAAGGGCAGGCUGGUGGUCCACCAGGACGGAGCGGAGAGCACGGAAGAAGAGGAAUGGCGUCAGGAGGAGUAUAGCAGGUACAACCCGCAGUUGAUGGUGUGGGUGGGGAGGUCGCUCCUAGAUCGGAGGAACGCUCUGAAGACCGCGUAUGUUGCGCAUGGGAAUGAGGCUUCGUUGGCUUAUGUCUAUGGCCAGCUUUGUCUGGUCGUCCAUGUUGCGCCCUUCGCAGAGCGUGUUCCUAAGGCGCAAGCAGAAACGUCUGAGAUGGAGCCCAGUGGUGGCUCGUGA